GCACAUACUUUUAAUCAAGUGCUGAAAACGGGAGAUGAAAGUUCUGACGAAAGAGCGAUUACAGCUAUGGGUAUUUUGAAUACUAUUGACACAAUUCUUUCUGUUAUGGAAGAGCAAAAAGAUAUCAUGUCUCAGCUCGAACCAAUCGUCUUAAAUGUUGUUGGUCUUAUUCUCACACAGAAUGUCAUAGAAUUUUAUGAAGAAGCAAUGUCAUUAAUUUACAGCUUAUCAUCUGAUACUAUUUCACAAGAUAUGUGGAAAGUUUUUGAAAUGAUGUAUCAGACAUUCCAGAAUGAUGGCUUUGAUUAUUUUACAGAUAUGAUGCCUUCUCUCCAUAAUUUUGUUGUUGUGGAUACACCUGCAUUUGUUAGUAAUGAAAAUCAUUUAUUGGCAAUAUAUAAUAUGUGUAAAGCAGUAAAAUUUUAUGAAGAAGCAAUGUCAUUAAUUUACAGCUUAUCAUCUGAUACUAUUUCACAAGAUAUGUGGAAAGUUUUUGAAAUGAUGUAUCAGACAUUCCAGAAUGAUGGCUUUGAUUAUUUUACAGAUAUGAUGCCUUCUCUCCAUAAUUUUGUUGUUGUGGAUACACCUGCAUUUGUUAGUAAUGAAAAUCAUUUAUUGGCAAUAUAUAAUAUGUGUAAAGCAAUAUUAAAUGGUGAUGCUGGUGAGGAUGCAGAAUGUCAUGCUGCUAAACUACUAGAAGUAGUAAUUUUACAGUGUAAAGGUCAAAUAGAUCAGUGUAUUCCAUCAUUUGUUGAACUAGUUCUUGAAAGGUUGACUAGAGAAGUAAAAACAUCAGAAUUGAGAACUAUGUGCCUACAGGUUGUAAUUGCAGCACUUUACUAUAAUUCAAAUCUACUAAUUGAUACGUUAGAAAAAAUUCGCAUGCCAAAUUCCACAGAAUCAAUUACUUCUCAUUUCAUUAAGCAAUGGAUUCAUGAUACAGACUGUUUUUUAGGACUUCACGAUCGCAAAAUGUGUGUAUUAGGAUUAUGUACAUUAAUAACUAUGUCUACUACAAGACCACCAAUUGUAAAUGAAUGUGCACAACAAAUAAUACCUUCUAUUCUGCUUUUAUUUGAUGGAUUGAAAUGGGCAUAUGCUUAUGUUUUAGAAAGUGAUGAAGACGAUAUUGAUGAAAAAGAGACAGAAUACUUAGAAAGGAUUUCAGCUAAAGCAAAAAUGAAAUCGCCUUUUCCAAUUACAUCCACAACCAUACAAGAUGAUGAUGAUGAUGAUGAUGACGAUGAUGAGGAAGAAGAUGGAAUAGAAGAAACGGCUCUAGAAAGUUAUACUACUCCAUUAGAUGAAGAGGAAACACCAGUAGAUGAAUAUAUUAUAUUUAAAGACUUAUUACAAAGUCUUCAAGCAGCUGAACCAAACUGGUAUAAUGCACUCACAUCACAUUUAAAUACAGAUCAACAAAAAGCUCUUCAAGAAGUAUUUCUAUUAGCUGACCAAAGAAAAGCAGCAGCAGGUAAUAUUAAUUUAUUUAUAUAUUUAAGAAUAAAUGAGUUCUUCUUUAAUGGGACAGUGAAGUGUAUCCAUUGACAAACACAAAUGACC